AUGCUGGCCACUGCCAUUCCUUUGAUCUCUAGUCUCGUUCUUGCAACCUCUGUUCGAGCUGCCCCCUCGACCGUGUCCGUCUACAACGGCUGGCUUUCUGCGGGAUGCUUUGAAGACUCUAUUAAUGCAAGAGUUCUUCCUAACCAGCGCUAUCCCGCUGGAGGACCCUCUGCGAUGACCGUUGAGCUCUGUGUCGACGCUUGUCGUGCCGAUGGAUUCAGCGUUGCUGGCCUCGAAUGGGCUCAGGAGUGCUGGUGUGGCGAUGAUAUUCCUUCAAAUGGUGCUCAAAGCUGUGAUAUGGCGUGCAAGGGCAAUCCCAAUGAACACUGCGGCGGAGGCAAUCGAAUCAACGUCUACCAGUACAGUAAUAUUGCGACCUACAACGACUGGACUUUUGACAAUUGCUACACCGACUCUAUCUGGAAUCGGGUUCUCCCCAAUCAACUGUCUGUCUCAGGUGGAAUGACGAUAGAAAAGUGUUUAGAUGCUUGUGAUGCCGCUGGGUACGCUUUCGGAGGCGUCGAGUGGGGCAAGGAGUGCUGGUGUGGAAACACGGGACCGACUGAAAUAGUUCAAGAUCAACGCUGUGAUACCCGCUGCGAAGGCGACAGCAGCGAGCUUUGCGGUGGCGGAAACGGACUGUCCGUUUAUCACAACAGCAAUCCCAAGGGGCCAUCAAAUCUUCCGAGCUACAAGGACUGGACCUAUGACAAUUGCUUCGUCGACUCGCGGUGGAACCGGGUCUUGCCCCAGCAGCUCUCCAUCUCUGGCCCAAUGACAAUAGAAAAGUGUUUAGACGCAUGCGACGCUGCUGGUUAUCCCUAUUCAGGGCUCGAGUGGAGCCAGGAGUGCUUCUGCGGUCGCUCCGAGCCAACGGAAGUAGGUACGGAUGGUCGAUGCAACAUGGCUUGCCAAGGAAACGGUGACGAGCUUUGCGGGGGCGGAAAUGGCAUCUCCGUCUACCAUUCUAGUGCUCAGGCCCCUCAUCAUCUCGACUCUUAUGACGGGUGGUCAUAUGAAGGCUGCUUCGUAGACUCUAUUGAUCAUCGUGUCCUUCCCGUUCGCGCCAGCCACGAGCAUGACGGCGACAUGACGAUCGAGAUUUGCUUGGACGAGUGCAAGCAGCAAGGUUAUCGCUUCGCUGGUGUUGAGUACGGAAUCGAGUGCUGGUGCGGAGAUUGGAAGCCGUGGAAUGAGGUUACAGAUGGCAGAUGCAACAUGCCGUGUGUCGGCAAUCCCCACGAGCUGUGCGGCGGGGGAAACGGCAUCGAGGUGUACGAGCAUUGUGAAUCUCGGAGCACAACUGUCGUUACUGCAUUCACAACUGCGACCGCACUCGUCUCAACGGUCACAAUCGCGACGACAAUUGCCACUCCUGUCGAAGGAACUGGAACCUACGCACAGCCAAUCACCACGACCACGCAGAUUGUCGUUCCUGCGACGAUUACAACCACAGUCUUGGCACCAUUGACAAUUAUCACAACUGCCGUAAUUCCAUAUACCACGACGACCACUCAAAUUGGCGAUGUGACGCUCACCAGCACGCUCGAAACGGCUGUCGUCGGUAGCACGACGGUCGUAGUGCCCAUUGUUGGAUCUACGACGCAGGCAAUCCCUCUUACUGGCUCGACGACGGUUCCCGUACCACUUACUGGUUCUACAACGACUCUCUUCCCUGUCACUGGGACGAGAACGGUCCCUCUUACCGUCGCUCGCACAAGCUUCACUCUCUCGAUUUUCACUGGGACAACAAGCUUUGUGGACCCAUUGACUACGGUUAUUCAGCCCGUCAUCAUCCUCACCACCCUUGCGAAAACGUACACUACAAUAACUGGCUCUCCGCUGCCGUUUACGACGAGUGUUCCCUCUGUUAGCCCCAUUACGCUCAUCGGUAGCGACAUUAAGUUCUUUACUACAACCUCUUCAGCCAUUCAGGCGUUCCCAACAACAUCACUUGCCAUCAAUACGUUCCCAGCCGUCUCGAGCAAUGUCGCGGCUGUCACCUCUACGUCGACUUACUACGUACCUUUCACGUCGGAGACCACUGGUUUCGUUCCUGUUGAGACGUCCUCUGUUGACGUUGGAGAGUAUACAUCAACCUCGACUACUGUUGCAGAUAUUCCCACAUCCACUACAGUUGUUACCGAGUAUACGACCACUUCAAUCGGCUACACGCCGUAUACGACUACGGCAUACAAUUCCGAGAUUACGACGCUGGUCACGACGGUCGCUGAGCCAAUUACAGUGACCACAUCCUUUGUGACGCGUGUAGGCGAUCAUUCACAUGGACCAUACUAA